GUCAUAAUCACAACUGAUAAUAUCCAUAAUUAUUGCAUUUAUGAUGGUUGGUGAUUACUUACCUCAAUUACAAUAGUUAUUGCUGUUUUUAAAGAAUUAUUUUAUUGGAUUCUAUGACCGUGCUAACGAUACCAUUCUAGUAAUUCAAUGUAUACUCAAUCAUGAUCGCUGUCGGAAAAUAUAUACAUAUUCAGAAGUUAAGUUGUUUGUCCAAGAUGCCAAACAAUACAGGAAAAAUGAACGCUCACAAAGUUACUAAGACUAUAGUGACAUCGCCAAAUAUCUACAAACCAGUUGGACCUUACAGUCAGGCUAUAUUGGCCGAUAAAACACUAUAUGUGUCCGGAGUGCUAGGCAUGGACCAAAAAGCGCAGAUAAUAUGUGGAGGUGCUGAAGCGCAGGCACGACAGGCUCUCGAGAAUUUAAAGCACGUGUUAGAAGCAGGCGGCGCUUCCCUCCUGUCUGUCGUAAAAACUACUAUCCUUCUUGCACGAAUGGAUGAUUUCCAAGCCGUCAACCAGGUUUAUGCAGAAUUUUUUCCAAAAGAUUACCCGGCGCGCGCUACUUUCCAAGUGGGUAAGCUUCCAUUGGACGCGGCAGUGGAGAUAGAAGCAAUUGCACUGAGCGGAGAUCUGGUCGUCGCGGAGGCGGGACCCUGCCCUUGCGCACGUACUUAGUGCUGACAUUACUCGAGCGUCUUGCAACUACUUAGGUACCUAUUAUCAAUUCGUCAUUGAUUGAUGUUUGAUCUGACUAAACAUGAAUGUUGCGAAACGCUUCUAGAUUCUAAAUCCGGUAGUGUUUACCACUGUUCAUUGGUUUGAAACCCAAAAAUACCAGUGUCUGAUUGUUUUAUAAUGUAAUAUACAUCAUCCUUACAUAAUAGUCUAUUUAAAAAACUUGUUAACGAGUAACUUUAUAUUGUUGUGUAACAAUGAAGAUAUUUUUGGAUAUUAUUUAAAUUGUUCGUAUUAAACAACUUAAAUAAACAUA